CCUUCUAAAAACACAGAAAAGAAUUAUACAUAAUUGCGAAGAAUUGGCCAAAACCAGGGGGAAAUGGUAAAUGAAUUGAGCACAAGGUUUUUCCGGCGUGGUGUGUGGGCGAGGGAAUUUCUUAUGUGCUGCUAAUCUAAUCAGCCGGCCUCGUGCUUGGUAAUAUAUAGUAUUGGAUCUGAAACCCUGAAUUGAAACAUUCAUUUUGCUCCGGAGACAGACACCAAACACCCCCAAAAUGGAAAACUAAAGGUUUUUUAAGUAAGGUGGCAGGGAGCUGGUGGCAGCACUUGAGCUCAACAUUCUUGUUGUGAGGUGGGGUUUUGUCCUUCUCUGGUAAGGAGAUUUUUUCUCCAAUUAUGGUUUAAUUUCCCCAAAGUUGGGGGAUCUGAUUUGUCAGAGGAGAGAAAAAAAAAACUUGUUUCUGAGCACCAAUUUAGGAUUUUCCCAACUUCUAUUGUAUGUGGGUGGAAGAUAAAAAUAUUCUACACACUGCACAAUUUCUUUUGUAUCUGAUCCCAGGUAGUGGCGUACUGAAAUUGAUCAUCAGAGGAAGGUUAGAGUCCUUGCUUUCUGGUCUUCCAAUUGCUUUUUAAAUAACUAAAUAUAGUUUCUUGACAAAAAAUGCAUGCCCGGCAUCGUAGUCCUGGAAAUGGGUAUAGGUCUAGUUCCAUGGGAAUGGGUGUAGCUGCCUCGCGGAUCUCCCCUGAGGGUUCGGUGAUCAGAGGCCAUGGGUUUUACGGCAGCUCUGAAUUCAGGAACUUGAGUCGUGGUUUUGGGCGUGGCCAGGGCCACCCCAAAUCAUUUCAACCACCACAGCCCCCACCGCCGCCGCGCAAAGGCGACAUUUUUAUGGAAGCUGGUCGACUUGCAGCCGAAUAUUUGGUUUCACAGGGGUUGCUGCCUCCAAGCGCACUUUCUGUUAAGUGGCAGAAUGGUAGUUUGAAGAAGCAGUUGGGCGAGUUCCAGGAGUUUAGGCCACAAGAAGGAGAUCCUUUGCACCUUCCACCGGAGGGCCGACCCUCUGCCCUUGCCCGUUUGGGGAAUGCUGCUUCUGAUACUGGCUCAGGGUCGGGUAGGAGAAGGUUUGCUGAUGAUUUUAAUUCCAAAGGAAGGAGAAGAGGAACUCCAUUUCGAAGUUAUGGCUCAGAUUAUGGCCGAGACUACAGGAGGAGUGGCUCGUGGUCUGAUAGACCAAGGUCUUCUGCUGACGUUGAGGUUGAUGAUAAUGCUUCUUCUGGACACUACCACGAGGAGGAGCAGCAAUUUGGUAAAGAUGUCACUGAUGGGAUGCAGAUGUCCAGUCCAAGUGAACUAGCAUCAAAAAGUGAGGACGCAGGUGACUCAGAAUCUGAAUUAGACAAGUAUCAGUUCCAAGAUGAUGAUAUGGUUUCAAAGGCAAGUUCUUCUAGUGCUGGGAAAGAUCUCCACCAUGAGACUAAUGGGGAAUUGACCAGGAUUUCUGAUGAUUUCAAGAACUCGAAUGCAGGAAUUGGAGAGGUGAAGGAUGGCAAUAUUAGUGAUGAAACUGACAAACAGAGUGCAAAACAACACUUAACCAUUCAGGAUAGUGUUUUGGAGGGCAAUCCCUCCGACAAGAAUAGCACCGAUUUACUAACAUUCUGCAAAUUUGCCAAGGUGCCCACCAGAACUCGCUCUUCAUUGGCACAUAGGGGCCCAAAGGCUGACCCAGUUCCAAAGAUCGAGGAGGGAAAAGCUUCUGACAUGCAGCCUCAAAGAGGAUCUGAAAUAUUAGUUGAAGAUGCCUCUGUUAAUACCUCCCUGGGUGAUGAACUGUCUGAUAAUAUUCAUGCUUCGAAGUUUCUUGAAUCUGAAGUUUCUAAAGUUCGGUUUGUCCCAUCUGCUGAAAAUGUGGUGGAAUUAGAUUCUGCUGAUGAUAUUGAGCAGGGUAACUUUGCAACUCAAUCUUUCCCAGAGAGAGUUCCUAUGCGUGACAGUGAGCAAGAAUCAAGUCGGGGACUGCCUGGUUUUGCAAGCUGUAGCUCCAUUGUUAAUGACAGAGGUGAAAAACGAGCUGUAGAAGGUACUGAUACGAGAGAGGGAACCAAAAAACCAAGAGAAUGGAUUCCCUCUCAGGUAACAAAGGCUGACGAGCAUGUCCACCUUUCUAACUCAAGUGAAAGGAAAGAGAGCUUACAGGAAGACAUGGCUUCACCUGGUGGCAUCAUGGCUGUGGCUGUUGAUCAUAAAAGCUUGGGGAAUGAUUCUCAGUUCCCUAAAGCCGGGGGUGAACAACAUGUUGAGUAUGCACAACAGAAGCAGCUUUUUCCAAGUUCAUUUAAAAUCUGUGACCUGAAUCUCAUGGGAGCUUCUGAUACAAAUGAGAAUCAUGAUAAUGAUCCGAUCCAUAUUUAUCAAUCUAUUUCCAGAAACAGAAAAGAAGCAGCACCGGUUGAUGUUGACUUAUCAAUGGGUAACUCCCAGAUGUCUGGUGAAUAUGUUAGACGUGUCACUGAUGCCAAAGACAUUGAAGUUAUUGAUUUAGAAAAUGAUUCUAUCCAAGAUGAUAAGGCUUUCCACAAUGCAGAGAGAAAGGAGACAGUGUAUACGAGCCUUGAGAGCUUUUCUAAUAAUGUGCAGAAUACCAAUGAUAUUUCUGACGUUCAGGAUGGUUAUGGGCUUAUGUUCUCAGGGUUGCUCGGAGAUGAUUUUCCGAAUUGUUCUUCAGUACCAGGGGGCAUUAGUUCAAUGCAUAACGAGAUGAGCCUUCCUAAUGGAGAGGGGUCUCUCGCGGAUGAUGAUUCCAUAUAUAUGUCCCUGGGAGAAAUACCAUUAAGUAUGCCAGAUAUUUAAUUUCAUGGCUUUUUGCCAGCCUGGGAGCAGCCACCGCCACAGGAGUACGAGAAGCCCUUCUGAUCCAACUAUUCCUCCGAUCUCCUCAGAAAAUAUGAUUUGGUAAAUUGGUAUGCUUAGUAUUGCUCGUUGGGCUUGUUAACUCUAUCCAAAUGCAACAUGUCUUCUUCUUAUUCUUCUUUUAAGAGAUGCCAUUAGAUGUCUUCUUCUAGUAGUGAUGUUAUAGAUGCUGAAUGCUUUUGUUUUUCAGUUGGGUGUUUCACCUCAUUGUUGUCUGGGAAAAAAAAGAAAAUUAAUCAUGUUGAUUAGCAGCACAUCUUUUACU